AUGGCCAGCAACUCCAGUGCACUGCCCCGGGUGACUUUCCAGACACCAGAGAAACCUGGGGAGGAAUCAUCACACAGGAAACUGGGCAAGCUGACCAUAAAAUACAACCGCAAAGACCUACAGCGCUGGCUAGACCUGGAGGAAUGGAUCAACGCCCAGCUGCAGGAGCUGUACCGAUGUCGGCUAAGGGAAGAAACAGAGGCAGCAGCUCCUGAACCACAAAUUGAUCUUGAAGAUCUCCUGGAGGUCCCUAAUGAAGAACAGAAAUUAAAAUUACAGGAAAUCCUCCAUGAGUGCUCCAGCCCCACAGAGGACUUCAUUACAGAAUUGCUUAGUCGAUUGAGAGGUCUCCGGAGAGUCACCAAUCCUCAGAAGAAAUGACCUUGCUCACAUGGAAAACCCAGCUUUGGUUACAAGGAAAUGUGUAUCUUCCUCACAAAGCCAGGAUCAGCAACAGAACUUCUGAAUACGUUUAGGACUUAUUGAGAAAAAUCACCAAGUUGGUGAACUUUGUACCAGCGGUUUGAAGUCUCCACUCCUUCCAGAUGUACGCACACAGCAGGGAGCUAGAUUGUACAUUUUCCUGAUUCUUAAAGAGUGUGUUAACCUGAGGAACAGGACAAGAUGUCCCUCCUUUAGAUUCUUCUAGGAAUUUCCAUGCUGGCCAAGGAGCACUGAAUACAGUUCUCAGGAGCUCAUCAAGACUUCUUUUUUUCAUUCACUGCAAGGAAAACAAGGCAUUGGUUAUCACUCGUUCAUCAACAUGGAAAAUCUGCCACUGUUAAGCUGCACCUCAUUUCAGUCUGGCUUGGACCCAACUGUGAUGUCCUGCCUGUUACUGCUGUACCUGACUCUACAGCAUUGCACAUACUUUGUAAGUCUUAUUAACCCUCUGUUAUUUAUGAAGGUUGGACAGAAAAUAUGUGGUAGGAUGGAAAGAAAUUUUUUGAGUGCACUUGGCCUACUUAAGGGGAAGUUUGUGAAACAGUUGCUAAGGCUAAUGGCUAAUUUUUUUUUUCCUUUUUGUGGAAUUUGAGACUUAAGACUUAGAAGCCUUUUCUAAAGGAACAAGGUCUGGGAAUAAUUUUUCUCCUAGUUUAAAAAGAUGUUGGAAAAAUACUUAUUUUAUAUUAAAACAGAGAAAACCAGCCAUGCACUGCUUGCUUUUGCUCUCUCUUUAGAUGCUAAAGACAAACUGAAGUAAAAAAAUACCUGCUCCAAACUUCCCUUCAGGGAGUAUCUCAGAGCGAGUCUUUUGCAGACAGGUUGGUCUCACAAAUGAGCAGUGAAGUAGGGCACAGUACCUUGCUGCACAAACUCCUCUGGCUACAACUAAUGUUUGCCUGGAAAAAUACAGAGGAAACUACAUCCAGCCUCUUAGCGAGUCAGUAACUUGACACAUGUGACUAGGAAAUAAGACAGCAAACUGAGGCUGAUUGCUUAGGCAAAGCACUCUCACAUUAUGCCCUGUCCCUAUGCUGAUGCCUGCCAUGCAAACACAAGGGAUGAGUCUGAGUCAUGUCCAGAGGAGCAGAAUAGUCAAGGCCAGCUUUUAAGUACACCUUUUGUUUGUGUGGUGAGCCAGGGCAGAAGGGACCAACUGUGGAACCAGAGGGACGUGCAGGUUAGCUAACAAAGACAAACAAGGAUUCGUGGGUUGGACCAGUAAUAUCUUAAAUGCAUUAGUCUUUCCAUCUUUAUCAGUAGCAGAUUGAUAACUACUAUCUUGUUCUUUCCUCCUAUUUUCCAGGUGUCAGUGAACAAACUGUGGGUUGUGUCCUCUGAGAGGACAAAAUCCAAGCUGCAGUAAUAACUGAUGUAGGGGCCUGCUUUCUUCCACAUGCUGUUCUUGUAUCUGACUGGAAGUUGGCAAGCCAUGGAUCUCAUGUCUUGUUCUAAGGCUCUCCAAGAUGUUCCACUAGGCUGGAAAAUGGUCUUUCUUUAUCGGAUCCAAUAUAUAUCUUUAGUAGCCCUGGAAAUAUACCAAUUUUGGCAUAAAAAGGGGGUAGUGGGACAUGCCUACCCUCAUCAAAUCUCAACUUUAUAAGUAAAGUAGCAACAAAAAAAUUAAACCCAGAGCUGCAAUGGUUGCAGAUCUGGCACUGCUUAUGGAUGACACGUGCCAAGACUCAGGUAACACACCCCUUGAGAAAGGACAGCAGCAUAUUGACAAAAAGAUGUGAGCACUGGUAAAAAGAGUAGGGUCAAACAGAAGUUCAGGUGGAAGGGCUAGGUGGACAGGACAGUGUCCUAAACUAGAGAUGCAAUUAGUUACAGCACAGUAGUAUAGGAGUUCAGAUUACUUACAUACCCCACCAACAGGCUUUGUUUUAUUCUGCUGAGCUGCAACAGCACAAAAUCAUGACCUGCCUCUCCUCUGGCCCAAGAGAAAUAGUUUCUCCCCUGGGCACUGUUCUGUAUUUGCUCAAUAUGGAGUGAUGCAAAAGAAUUUUUGUCUGUGCUUUAAUGUAGACAUUGUUAGAAUCAAGCACAAAGCAGGUUCUGAAAACUCUGCUUGACCAAAGUUGUCUUUAUUCUUAUUCUGCAAGUAGCAGGAGAGGAGUAAGCUGCAGACCCUAUCAUGUGCAGUUGGUUCUGAUCCAUAAGGAAUUCUGAUACAUAAUGAUACUUGAGAGCAUUUCAACUGAGCAAUGUGAGAUCAGGGAAGCUAGGCAACAUGUAGCCAGUGGUAGAUGAUUUCUCAGCUCACUGGUGCAAAAGAAAAAGCAAUGUAAGGCAAUCAGAGUAACUUUUUUUUGUUUUGUUCUUAAACAGUAGUAAAUCAUACUUGGUUUGAUUUACCUUUUGGCUGUUCUCACACUAGACCACAAGGAUAGGUUAAAAUCAAUGCUGGAAAAAUUUCUUUACAAACAUCUUCCAGUUAAUUUAGCUAGCAUAAGCUAGCUAAAUUAGCUAGCUUAAGUAUGUACAUACUGUCUAAGAAUGUUGCUUGAAAGGAACUUUGCCCUCUUGAUCAUACCAAGAUAACUCAAUGUAUGAAAGUUCAUUAGCUUUUCUAAUUUGGACUCUUGUUGAAGUGGAGCCUACAUUUGAUAAUUCACAUACAAAUCAUUUUGAGAGGGAAAGAAAAUCUCAUUUUCCCUCAUGACUAGCUACAAAGACAAGAGCAAACAAGCUUAAUCUCUUUCUGGAAGAUGCCAAGCUGUCUUCUGUCCUUGAAUAGCUAUGACUGAAGUUGAUCUGGCCUGUCAGGAAUUGAUUGGUUACCAGUAUCUUUGUUUACCAGCACCUUUUCAAAUACAAGGGUAGGAAGUAAGCAACACAGCUAACAGUGCACUGCCCACUUAAAGGUCAUGCAGCAUUCCUCUUUCACAACACAGAUUCAGCUAGGUGUGCUUCCUGCCCAUCUGAAUACCCCUCUGCCCCUCCUACAUGGAGUUCACUGAGGCAACAGCUACAGAGGGAAUGGCUUUUCAGGGGAAAGUGAUUAGGCUACUACUAAAAUGGCCCAUUACAUGCAGAAAGUGCAGGAGCCACAAAAAUGUCCAUUAGUGGUACAGAGAAAGCAGCAGCAUGUGUCUGUAUGACUGAAGAGACUCUUCCAUGUAUGACUAAGUUCUAUUUCAGGUAAUGGGUUGGGUGCAUUUCUGGAUUCCUUGGGAUGGCCCCACAGAAACCAACCUGGGAAUCGAAAUAAACUGCUUCUGGCUGCAACCUGCUCCAUUAUUACUGCUGUGAGCAGGGCAGGGCUGCCUAACUGCAAGGGAGCUCAAAGUUUUGUUGUUGCGGAUGAAGCAUUCAAAAUGUUGCAAGUAUACCAACUCAUACUAAGAUAUUGAGAAAAUCAGCAUCUGUAAAUCAAGAAAUAACAUUACUACUAACUGCUUGGAGAAGACAUAGGCUGAAGCCCAAAGCAGUGGAUCAGUUUAGGAGAGAAAUAAGAACAGAGAGUUGCACCUUCCCCUGUACAUGUAAAACAUGAAAGGAUUUAACCUCAGACAGAACUGGGCUGUCUUACUAUCAGACUAAUUAUCCAUGUCAAAUAGCAAUGAAAAAGUGUCACUCCUAUAACAUAAAUAACGAACAGCAUUUUGUUUUGACUUUUAAGACUGCAAGCUCCUCAGUGCUGUAACUUAAAUUUUGUGUAACAGAGGGUUAAUUGUGAGCCCUUGCAUCAGAACAACUCCGGUAGUUUUCCCAUCUACCUGUCCCAAGGAGACAGGCACUGGUGAAGCAAGGGCUGCCAGGACAAAGAAGAUUCUCCACAGAAAUCAAGUUUUUCCACCUCUUCCUAAGAAAAUGUUUUGAUGGCACUGCUGGAUAUGCUUGCCAUUUUUAGUAUGUUAACCUGAAGUAUUACUAUUUACAUUGUUUGAAUCAGGUUUCUGGUGAAGAGUCUGAUCCAGAGCAGCACGUUAGCAGAAACCCACCUUCAACAGUGGUUUCAUUCAUUUGCUGUCCUCUGACCAGAGGUGCAGGUAAACACAGUUUCAUCACUUCACCUUGGAGGCACUGACCUUAAGCACAGGGGGCAAGGCAGACAGCUGGGAGUGGCAGUGUCAAACCAGACAGGCAAGAUUCAUUGGAAAUUCCCUGUCAAGGGCAAAUCCUUUAUUUUGUUGCAAUUGGAAUUUAUUGGCCUUAGAGAGCUCUCUAUUUGGAAAAAGCUCAUCUUGAUGGAAUAAUAGAGCAUGUUUACAACCAAUUUAGUUGGGUAUUUGAAGCAAUUCUGGGUGUUCUGGGCACUUGUGCCACUUACAUCUGGAUUGUCUCCCAGGGGGGAUAUGGACAGAAGAAACCGAGCUUCUCUCAUAACCAGAUGAAGAACAUCACACAGGUAACAUCUUUAUCCUACCAGGGACCAAAUAAUAAACGAAGUCAAAUCCUGCUUUCAGACUAAUACACAGCUCUUUCAGACUAAUAUAUUGCUCUUACAGAUGACAAGACCUUGGCACAGCCACUGCAGGCCACAAUACUGUAUCAGUAGCAGAUAACCUUUUGAAAGGAUCUUUCCUUUCAAGUCAGUGAGCAACAUUGCCCUGUAUCUUUUCCAGACCUGCCACAAAAACAUUUCUGAUGACUUCACUAUUCUUCAUUUCUUUCCCUAAGUCACUUGACACUAGGACUACCAUAACAUAAUAAGAAAGCAACACUUUGUUAAGGGCUAUCAGACAUUUUCAGGAGAGACUUUAACCACAGGCCUCUAUAAUAAAUAAUUUUUAUUAUGGUUUGAAAGUUCUCAUAACACAUGUGAUCACAAUGCCAACAUUUUUCUCAGUGCAAAGUGCUUUGCUGCCUGUUGAACCAGUGUAUAAGCUGUUAGUAAAAGCGGGAAGUUAUUUAUCAGCCAGUCAGUACUGCCUUAAACACACAUCUUUACUGCUACCCACAUUGCUUUACCAUCUGUAUUUGUGGACUUGCAUCCACCUCCUCAUAUCAAGUCAUCAUUUAUCCCCAAGCAGGCACAGCAAACCCUGCACUUCUCAGAUGUAUUUGUGAAGACAAAGUCACAUGCCCUCCAAGCCUCUCUCAGAUUACAGCACAUCCUUUAACUGUCCAAAACAUCACCCGUUUUGGCUGCAAAUCCACUUGGAUUCUUCCAUCUGGCCGGCUCCUCUGUUUUCCCAUUCUCCAGCUCCUUUUCUGCCCAUAAAGAGUGUGAUCACUUCUGUUUGCAAGGAAGAUGAUAGCGGGAGGUGUGGUGGUCCUUCAGAUCAAACUCCUCAUGGCCUUCCC